ACUUGGGUUUUCAGAUUUGGAUGCAGACCGUUUGAAAGCAAUUUGUACUAUGGGAGAAAGUUUUAUCGUGGAGUUCGUUAUAAAUAACGGUAUUUCUAAUUUCAUUUUAAUUGAAUACUGUUUAUUAAUUGUUUUAGUGAUUAUUAGAAAACGUUUUGUAUUACCUUCUAAAAAUGUUUCGAUCGAAAAAAGAUGUUGAUCGACAUGUGAAAGAUAUUUUUAUUAAACUUAAAAGUUCAGAGGAGAAAAAACUUCGAUGUUAUAAUAUUGCAAAGUUAUAUUAUCAAGUGGGAGACAAUGAAUCUGCAAAAAAGUAUGUCUCUAAUUAUUUAGAAAUAAGAGAUAAAUCUGCAGGGGCUCAUAAAUUAUUAGGACAAGCUCUCGAAGGUUUGGGACAAAAGGAAGCAGCCUUUACACAAUAUAAAAUAUCCCUUGAAUUAGAACCAAAGCAAGAUGAUCUUCUUUUAAAAGUAUGUGAGUUAUUAUCAAAUAUGGAUAUCAAUAUAGCAAAUGAUAAAAUAAAACAUUUAGUAGAAAGAGCUGAUAAAAAAUUUCCACAUCAUCCAAUAGUUUUUGAGUUAAAGGAAAAAUUAAUAACUUUAGAAAAACCAAAUGGUAAUGAUGAUGAUUUAGAAAAACUUAUCAUAUCUGAAUUAUCAGUAAGACAAACAGAUGUGAAUUUACAAGUUAAGUUGCUCAAGCAUUAUAUAGAAAAUCAUAGACUUGAAGAUGCAUAUAAUAAAGCUGCUGGAAUAGAAGCAACACAUAGUCACAGAAAUAAUAUCAUUUGGUAUCAAUCAUUAAGUGAAUUACUUAUGAAAUGUAAAGAAAAUAAACAAUCAGAUUGGACAUUUUGGAUAUUUUAUAUUUCGGUGUUAGAAAGAUAUGCAGCACUUUGCCUUAAAGAACAAGGUAACAUUAUUAAAAAAAGUAUAACUGAUGUUACACAAGCAGUAUUUAAUUUUGAUCAAAGUUUAUUUGAAUUUAAAUCAAAAAAUUUUUCUAAUCAUCCUGCUUUUAUUGAACACAUGUUAUUACAUAUGUGGGGUCAGUUACAUUUUCAUUUAGCGUGUUUAAUUUUACGAAAAAUUAAAGCUGGAGAAGACAGUUGGUCUGAAGCAGGAAGAUUAUGUGGACCUCUUUUGUUGACUGCAUUACAUAUAACACCUAUAGAUCCUACUGCUGUUUGGACUAUGCAUUUGAAGGACAGAUUCAAGAAUCAAAUACAUAUAUGGUACAGAGAAGGAUCAUAUAGGUGUAGCCAAGCUGGUCAUGUACUUCAAGAUUAUGCUCGAGAUAAUACUAAAAAAUUGCUAGAUAAAAUUGAUAAAUUUUGUACAAGUUCAUGGCGAGAACGAAUAUAUCAAAGAAUAUUUAUUGGACGAUUAUAUCAAGAUGGUAAAAAAACAUCAUUUUUCACAAAUUCUUUAAUUUCAAAUCCACCUUUACGUCUAUGUUCGUAUAAUGAAUUAAAACGAUUUGAUGAAAUAUCUGAAGAAGCGUGGCCAGAUUCAUUACAUCAUCAAGUUUGGCUUGGUUUAAGAGCUCGGCCUCAAGGUUCACAAAAUAAAGAUAAUGGGCUUCAUCCAAAUCAAACAUCACAUGUCUUUUGUGAAUUACAAUUUUCUGUUUAUAAUUUGCAUCAAGCAGCUCCUGAUAGUUUAAGUCGUCUUGAUAUUGAUGCAUUUUUAAAUGCUGCUAUCUGUACUUCUUCAAUAAUUGAAGAACAACAUGGUGGACUUUUGAAUCCUGAAAAAUUACCUACAUUACCAGCAGAUCUUACUAAUACACUUUGUACUUGUGCACAAGAACAGUGGUGGUCAUAUGCUUAUAAAGUAUAUUCUAUGGAUAAACAAAAGCCACUUGAUGAUGAUCUUGGAGAAUUGAGAUUAGAACUACAAAGAGGUUUAGAAGUAGUUCGUUGUUUAGGAAAUCAUGGGUUACAUCCUGUUCUUUUAGUUCAUUUAGCAAGAAUAUUUCAUCAUAGGGCAGAAACACUAAAAGAAAUAAAUCAAGAAAAUAGUGAUAUACCAUAUUUAGAAGCACGAUCUGAAAUGUAUUGGUCAGCUGCAAUUCCGCUUCUUGAAAGAUUACAAAAUAAUCAAGUUAUUCGUGUAACUAAUUCCAAAUUUUUUAAUUAUCAAGGAAAAGAUAUGAAUAAUGCAGAAUUAAUUAAAGCUUUAGAAGAAGGUAAAUUGCUUUUAGCUCAACGAUUCGUACGUAGCAAACAAUAUGAAAAAGCGAUAAAUGCUCUACAAGCAUUAAAGUGUCCAGAAGCAUCAUUUCAACAAGGUCAAAUGUAUGAAAAACUUGCAGAUGAAAUUAUAAGUUCUAUACCUAAGGAAAAUUUAACAUCUGAAAUGAGAUCACAACAUAUAAUUAUGCUUUCAAAAGCAAGGGAAUGUUUCUAUUUAACAUUGGAUCGCUUGCGUAGUCCAGAAACAAAUCCAAAACAUCCUUUGAAUUCUGAACUUUCUACAUAUAUUGCCGAUAUUGAAAAUAAAUUGAAAAGAAUUGAUCCAGAUUUAUCACGAGGUGAUUUAAGUAGAAAUGAAUGCGAUGGUAUGUCGGAUGAAAGUUAUUCAUCUGCUCAUAGUGCUGUUGAUCAAGCAGUUACAAAAAUAGCAUUACCAACAUUAACGGGAUUAAAUGCUUCAGUUAAUGUCUUGAGUACACCACAAAAAAAUAUUCAUCGUACACCAAAACAAUCUAGUACUCCUUAUAAACUACAACAUCAAGAUAUAUUGGAUUUAUCACGGAAUCGUUCUGAAGCACGUCCAAGUCCUGAACGACUUGAUGCUCAAAUUCGUGCCAUAAAUCAAAUGAUUCAUUCAAAAGAUAAUAUGAUACAGUCGAUAGCAGAGCAAACUAAAACUAUAUUGGAAUUAAAUAAAACAGUAAUGGAAAUAGUGGAAAGACUUGCAAAAGAAAUGACAGAAUUACGAAAAGAAAUUCAGAAACAACGUACUCAAACAGUUAAUGUUAAUCCCAAUUUAGAAGAAGAUUUAUGUAUUUUAAGUGAAGAUGAUUAUAAUGAUUUGAAUUACAAUGCAAAUCAAUCAGGUGCAUCUUCAAUAUCUGGAAAUAUGUUUCAAUCUUCUCACAGACACCCAUAUUCUCAUUUAGUAUAUCCUUCAACUACUUUUCAAGGAUAUUAUCCAACAGGAAUGUCAUUUAAUGAUCCAAAUGCGCAAGCUAUUCCUUCUCUAUAUCCUCCAAAUAUUUAUUCAAUGCCAGUUUUAUAUCCUAAUACAAGAUCAAAAAUACCUGAAAAUAUUCUUCAACAAAGUUUGUUUAUGCCACCAACAAAUCAACCAUUGCAAAUUCCAUUGCAAAAAUUAGAAACAUCUAAACCAGAGCCAACCAUAAAAGAUACUCUUGUAAAUAAAAUUCCACCAGUCAAUGUUGCCAUUACCACUUCUGAUACACUUCCAACUACAGUACCGAUUGUACAACCAACACUUAGCGUAACAAUUCCUCCACAUUUCAGACAAGGAAAUUCUUCUACACCAGUCAUUACAGAACAAUCUGCUCCACAUUGUUAUCAAAUUUCUAUGCCUUCUCAAGCCACUAUACCAACAACAGUAAAUUUACCUCCUUUAUCAAAUACUUUUACAACUACUCCAGCAAAUCUUUCUACAUCAGAAACAUCAAAACAAAACACUACCAUUUGUUCAACGGGAUCUUCAAAUAGUUCAGAUCAUGAACAUGAUCCAAUACCAGAUUUUGUUCCUGUUAUACCAUUACCUGCAGAAAUUAAAGUUACUACUGGAGAAGAAGGGCAAGAAACACUAUUUUGUGCAAGAGCUAAACUUUAUCGUUUUGUAGAUAAUGAAUGGAAAGAACGUGGUAUAGGUAAUGUUAAACUAUUAAAGAACGAAGAAGGAAAAGUUCGUUUACUUAUGCGCAGGGAACAAGUAUUAAAAGUAUGUGCAAAUCAUUAUCUUGUACCAGAUAUGGAAUUAACUGCUAAAUCAAAUAAUGAAAAGGCAUGGUUUUGGGUUGCACAUGAUUUUGCAGAUGGAGAAUUAAAAUUAGAGAAGUUUUGUAUUAGAUUCAAAACUGUGGAAGAAGGUAUUUCCUUCAAGGAACAUUUUGAUAAAGCUAAAGCGAAUCUUACUUUUGAAAAAGUAAAAAUUGAAAAUGUUGAUAAGACAUCAAAUAAAGACAAUAUUGUAAUAAGUAAAAAAACAGAAAAAACAAAAUCAGAACAGAAAAUUACAGAACAAACACCAUUAUUUAUUUCUGGACAAACUAUUCAAAAAUCUAUUGAUGUGACUGCAUCUACAGAUUCUAUUAUAUCAGAAAAAUUACAAAAUAAUAUAACUCCAACAGUUAUUGGUGGAUUUUCAUUUUCAUCAACACCAAUUAUUCAAAAAGCAAUUACUACAGAAUCUUCAAAAAUUUCUACUAAAUCAGAAAUUAGUCCUUUUGCUGGUUUCACAUUUAACAAAACUGUUACAAAUGCAGAAAACUUUAUAACUACAACACAAAAAAGCACGACCAUAGGAACAACAACCACAUCACAGUUUACAUUUUCAUUUACAAAAACAAAUUCACCUUUACAAUCAGCUACAACUACAACAAUAUCAACAGUACCAAGUAGUAUUCAUAGCACAUCGAUUUUGUCUUCUCAAUCCAACAAUAUUGCUAGUACUAAUGAAAAUAUUUCUACUAAUACUUCUCAGUUUUCACUUAGAAGACCUCAUGCUCCUGCACCAGGUGCAAGUGUUUCAACAUCUACUAUAGCUGGUAUUCAAGAUACUGAGAAAUCUGCUUUACAAACUGAAUAUGAAGAAGUUUUAUUUAAUGCAAAAAUUAGUCUUCAAUAUUAUAAUAAUGAUAAUAAACAAUGGGAAAAUAGAGCUAUUGGACAAAUGAAGAUUUUAUGGAAUUCAAAAACAAAUAAAAUUCGUUUAUUAAUGAUAGACGAAAAUAAUUUAAAAAUUUUUUAUAAUUACAAUGUUUUUGCUAAAAUGUUAUUUACUUACAAAAGUAAUAGUACAGUAGUCAAUUGGAAUAUGUAUUGUGGAUCAGAUAAUAAAACAGGAAUGUUUGCAGCAACAUUUAAAACUUCCAAUCAGGCAUCUCAAUUUUACAAUAUAAUUACCAGUAAUCAGCAAAAGAUGGUAAAAGAUUGUAUUAUCGCUGAAAAUUUAACAAAACUAGAAAGUAUUCAAGUUGUACAAACACACAAAUCAGAGAAUUCUUUAUCUGAAAUGUUCAAACCACCAGAAGGUUCAUGGGAAUGUAAUGGUUGUUACAUAAGAAAUAAUGUAUCAGAUAUAAAAUGUAUAGCUUGCGAAAAAUCACGUUUUUCUGAAUCUGAUGAAUCGAUUAUUUCAAACAUUCCUUCUAAUCAAAUAUCUCUUUCGCAAAUGUCUAAACCAUCUACUGGUUCAUGGAAAUGUAAAUGUUGUAAUAUAUUUAAUGCAGCUGAAAGUAAUUAUUGCGUCACAUGUGAUUCACCAAAAGAUCCAUCUCUUCCACCAAAACCAAAAAUUGAUGGUUUUCAGAUAAAUUCAAGUUCUUCUGGUACAUCUACGUUUACUUUUGGUAUUCCGCAAGAUACGACUAAAAAGGGUUCAAAUGUAUUUUCAUUUCGUUUACCUACUUCUAAUGAUGUUUCUAAAUCUGCAUCUUCAGUAGCUACAAAAUCUGAUGCAAAAACAGAUGCAUCAAAUGCAAAAUUUGUUUUUGGAACCCCAGGAAAAUCGUUUGGAUUCAAUUUUGUGACUAAAUCAUCUCCAACAAAAUCUGGUGGCGAAGAAAAUAGCGAGGAAGAAAUAGUGGAAAAUGAUGAUAUUCAUUUUUCACCAACAAUUCCAUUACCAGAUAAAAUCGAAGUUAAAACAGGCGAAGAAGAAGAAGAAGUUCUUUAUAGUCAUAGAGCAAAAUUAUUUAGAUAUAAUAAACCUGCAAAUGAAUGGAAAGAACGUGGUAUAGGAGAUAUAAAAUUAUUACGACAUAACGAAACAGGCAAGCUGAGACUAGUAAUGAGACGAGAACAAAUAUUAAAAUUAUGUUUAAAUCAUUUUGUACUUCCAAAUUUUGAAUUAAAUUCGAAAGAUGAAAGAACAUGGAUAUGGAAUGCUGCUGAUUAUAGUGAAGGAGAAAUAGAACCUACUCUUUUUGCAUGUCGCUUUAAAACAUCUGACAUUGCAAAUAAUUUUAAAGAAAUAAUUGACGAAUCAAAAAAAGCACUUCCACCUAUUGAAAAAACAAAUGAUACAAAAAUAGAAACAUUUACCGAAGUAUCUUCUGUACAAGAUAUUGAAGUUGUAUAUGAGAUGAAAGUAACACCUGAAGAAAAACAAGCUGCGUUAAAAUUACAACUUCCAAAAAAUUUUUAUGCAUACAAACAAAAACCAGAUUGUCCUGGAUGUAGAGGUUGUAAAGAAUCAAAGCUAUCAUUAUUCACAGAUGAAAGUUCUGAAAAAACAUCAAAGAUAUCUGCAGAAGAUCGAAAAUCUCUAACUACGUCUACAAUGCAAUUCCUUCCAAAAUCUACUAUAUUCAGUACUGCAUCUAAUGAAGUUACAACUGUUCAAACUCCUAUUUCAAGUACUAGUACAAUUGUUUCUUCUAUUUUUAAACCUAACUUAUAUGGUACAAACACAUUACAAUUUACAACAAAUUCUAUUUCUACAACUACAUCAACUAUAUCUUUCGGAAAUGUUGAUUCUAUUACAUCAAGUGAUAAAAAAACAGGAUUUUCUUUUAUAAUGCCUCAAAUUUCGUCUAAUGAAAUACAGAAAUCUAUGAUAGAUAAACAAAAUAUUUCAAUAUCUGAAAAUUUAAAAAUUUGUAGUCCUAUUACUUCACAAACUCAAGUAACAUCGACUACUUGUGCUACAUCUUUUUCUUUUAUGACAUCAACAUCUACAAUACCCACAUCAUCUAUAUUUGGAAUGGCUAAAUUAGACAAUACAGGAAAAAAUAUUUUUGGCGGAAUAUCAAAAAAAGAUUCUUCUACAUUACUUAAACCUAGUUCCAUUAAUGUUUGUACAAAUUCUGAAUUAGUAUUUUCAAAUAAUUUUAAUACUCAACCAAAAACUACAAGUACUACAAUUACAUCUGUACUUGGUAGUGCUACACCUAUUUUUGGAUCUUCUGCAUUAAAAGCUAAUUCAGAAAACACAAACACGGGUUCGCUUGAAGUAUCUGUCAAAUCUACCAAUUCAGUAUUUCCUAAUACAUCUGUACCAUUUUCAUAUAAUUUAUUUUCUGGUGCACGUACAAAUACAUCAUCUUUUACAAUUUCAAAUCCUGUGACAACUAAUGCUUUUGAAACAAUAACACCUACAACAAGUGAUACUCAGAAAGAGAGUGAUGUUGCUUUUCUUCCAAUGACGGAUUUAUCUUUUUCAACUUUAGCAGCUAAAAGUUCUCAGUCAGCAUUUAAAAUAGAUCCAAAUUUUUCCUUUGCUGGAGCUGGAACAGCUGUAUUUGGUUCAAAAUCAAAUACAAUUAGUAACAAAUGUACAGAAAAAUCAAAAGAAAUUAUAGUAGAAAAAAAAGAUGAGGAUGAAGAAGAAGAUGAUCAAGUUGAUGAAAAUGAUCAUGAUUAUGAUCCUCAUUUCGAGCCUAUUAUACCUAUGCCUGAUAUCGUUGAAGUACAUACUGGAGAAGAAGAAGAAGAAAAAAUAUUUGGUGAAAGAGCUAAAUUAUACAGAUACGAUUCUGACACGCGUGAAUGGAAAGAAAGAGGUGUUGGAGAAAUGAAAAUCUUACAUCAUGCAAAAUAUAAUCGUUACAGAUUAUUAUUACGUCGAGAUCAAGUUUAUAAAGUAGUAUGUAAUUUUUUACUUACUCCAGACAUCACCUUUAGUAGACUUCGCACGUCGGAUCGUGCUUGGAUGUGGGCAGGCAUGAAUCAUGCUGAAGAACAACCAUGUUUAGAGAGCUUAUCAGUUAAAUUUAAAUCUCCAGUACUGGCAACAAAAUUCAAGGAUACAAUUGACAAAAUUCAACAAACGCUAAGUGAAAGCCGGGGAAAAAAUGUAAAAGAUAGUCCAAUAAUAGAAGAACAUGGAGAUGAAGAAAAUGAAGAUGAAGAAUGUGAGGAAGUAGGUGCAGUAGAUGAUAUAAAAGAAGAAGAUGAAGAAGAAGAAGAAGAUGAUGAUGAUGAUGAUGAUGAUGAAGAUGAAGAUGAUGAUGAUGAUGAUGAUGAUGAUGAUGAUCAAAACUCCAUAACUUUUGAAAAAAGAGCAACUUUGCUCACUAGGACAAAUAAAGAGAAUCAAUGGGAACCUGUAGCAUUAGGAAAUUUAAUUAUUUAUUAUGAUUCUAAUAUUUUUGGUGAAAGAAUAAUAUUAAAAACAGAUAAAACAGAUGAAAUUGUAAGCAAUACAAUUAUUAGUAUGAAUACUAAAAUGGAGGUUAAUGAAAAAGAAUGUGUUUGGACAGCAAUCGAUUAUGCUUUAACACCACCAACAAAACGUACUUUAUGUGCCGUUUUUUCAUCAGUUCAUGUUGCACGGGAAAUGCACAAACAUUUUCAAGAAGGAGUAGAAUAUGCAUACCAAGCAGACAUCAGUGAACCAUUUUAUGAAGAGUAAAAUAAAAUGAUUCCUCAUUUUUCUUAUAAGAAAGUAUUGUAUCUCUUAUUCUCCUGUAAACAUAUAAAUCAUAUUUAAUUUUAGUUUAA